UUAUUUUUAAAAGAAAUUAAUAAUAUAUAUAUAUAUUUAUAUAUAUAUAUAUAUAUUAUAAUAUAUAAAAAGAUGAAUUUCCCUGAUCAUGUAUUAUUUAAUAUAAAUGUUGCCGUGGUGGCAAUGAUAUUAAGGAAAAGAUAUGGUUAUGAAUUUGAACGAGAUGAUGAUUCAAAAUGUGAGUAACAAUCAAGUCGAAUGAAAUGUGGGAAAUGACUGAAACCCUUCAUAAUAUUUUAAUCGAUUGUUUAGGAACUGAUGAUGCUAUAUUAGAUUUCAUAAAUUGGUUUUUCGAUGGUAUACGAAAAACGUUUGAAUCAGAAAAUAAUUUUUCUUCCCGAAAUAAUU